AUGACACGCUCAAAGACGAGGUCUGCUGCGCAAGGUCGGUCCAUGCGAGAGGCUGAUGUUACAUCUUUACCAGUGCCAGCAGCUGAGCGUGAGCUGCCAGCUAUACCUGAUGAGACGAACAACACAUUGCAUGGGCGGAAGAAUGCAGGUGAAGGCACCCUUGGCGCAGGGCGCACCAUGACAUUGACUGGUGAUCUCUACGCCAACGCGCAUAGCAAUGAUGACGCCGGGGUCAUUGGACGCACCAUUCCCAUAACAACAACACAAAGUCCAAACAGCGCGGUAAACACAGCAACGACAUACAACAAGCAUCCGGACCAAGCAAUGCGUACGAGCGGGCAGAAAAGUGUCGCCAUGCAGGAGCCGGGUUGCAACGCAGAUCGUAAGGCUUACUGGAAAAAGAUCCAGGAGCGUGUGGUCUUUUCGCUCCUCAUGAUUGCAGGGUUCAUGUUCAUCCUAGUAAUGGGCCCGUCAUACAUGAUUCUUCUCGUGCUUGUGCUUGAAACGCUUGUCUACCGAGAAGUGACAGCACUAUUUAAUGUUCCAGGACAUACCAUAUUAUCGCAGCAGGUACAAAAUGAGGUUGAAGAUGACGAUGAGGGAGAGAGCCAGCGCGAGAGACAAGCUGAAGAGCUCUGGAGCAAGUCACUCAGUUGGUAUUUCUUCGCCGUGUGCAACUUUUUCCUGUACGGCGAGACGCUGGUCUACUACUUUAAGCAUGUUGUCAUGACUGACUCACUGUUCCUUCACUUUGCACGUCAUCACCGCUUCAUCUCUUUUAUGCUUUAUAUGUUUGGUUUCAUGGCGUUCGUGUCGAAUUUGAAACGGCGGAACUUGAAGCAUCAGUUUGCGCUGUUCUGCUGGGUGCAUAUGUCGCUCAUGCUCAUUGUGCUCUCGAGUCACUUCUUAGUCGACAACAUUCUGGAGGGAAUCAUCUGGUUCUGGGUACCAUCGAGUCUGGUCAUUUGCAAUGAUGUCUUCGCCUAUGUGUGCGGUAUGAUGUUCGGUCGUACCCCCCUGAUUAGCUUAAGCCCGAAAAAGACCGUCGAGGGAUUCAUCGGCGCACUGUUAAUCACCCUCGCUUUCUCUUGGUUCUGGGCCGGCUUCUUCCAGCAGUUUGACUACAUGGUGUGUCCGGCGAUGAGCCUUGGCAUGAGCAUGUUUAACCCACCGGAUUGUGAGGUAAACUCUGUGUUUUUGGUCCGUACUACAGCGUUACCAUCAUGGAUCGCCGACAUACUCAGCCAUUUGGUUGGCCGCUCCAUAACCACAUUCUCAUGGACGCCGUUCCAGUGUCAUGCCCUCGUGAUGGCGGCUUUUGCCAGCCUUGUGGCGCCAUUUGGCGGUUUCUUUGCAAGUGGAUUCAAGCGUGCAUUCAAAAUCAAGGACUUUGGUCACAGCAUUCCUGGACAUGGUGGUUUGACUGACCGAUUUGACUGCCAGUUCCUCAUGGGUCUUUUUAGCUACGUCUAUUAUUCCUCUCUUAUCCGCGAUUCACGCAUGAGUGUACAGCUGGUCAUGCAAAUCAUCACUACCCAACUCCCCAUUGCAGACCAGAAACAGCUGCUUCAGCAUCUUAGUUCGUACUUGGUUGACCAGGGCCAGCUAUAG